AGCGCCGUAGGGCAGCGCCGUAGGGCAGCGCCGCGGCGGGCGCAGGCAGGGGCCGAGCCGCCGGAGCUCCGCGGGCCCGCACCCGCUGCCGUGCCGGGCUGCCCGCGCUGGCGGGGCUCGGCGGCGGGAGGAGCCGCUGCUGCGGUGGCGCUGCCGCGCCGGCUGUCGCGGCAUGGGCCUCCCGGAGCUGGCGGUGUGGCUGCUGGCGGCGGCGGGGCUGGUGCGCGAGUCCCUGCAAGGAGAGUUCCAAAGGAAGCUUUACAAGGAGCUGCUGAAAAAUUACAACCCUCUGGAGCGACCGGUUGCAAAUGAUUCCCAGCCACUCACUGUCUAUUUCACUCUCAGCCUCAUGCAGAUCAUGGAUGUGGAUGAAAAGAAUCAAGUAUUAACAACAAACAUCUGGCUACAAAUGUACUGGACAGAUCACUAUCUGCAGUGGAACGUGUCUGAAUACCCAGGUGUGAAGAAUGUCCGUUUUCCUGAUGGACUGAUUUGGAAGCCAGAUAUUCUUCUCUAUAACAGCGCCGAUGAAAGGUUUGACGCUACGUUUCACACUAACGUUUUAGUCAAUUCCUCAGGACACUGCCAGUAUCUGCCACCAGGUAUAUUCAAAAGCUCAUGCUACAUAGAUGUGCGCUGGUUUCCCUUUGAUGUUCAGAAGUGUAACCUGAAGUUUGGAUCCUGGACUUACGGAGGCUGGUCCUUGGACUUACAAAUGCAAGAAGCAGAUAUAUCUGGCUAUAUUUCCAAUGGAGAGUGGGAUUUAGUAGGUGUUCCUGGGAAAAGAACUGAGAGUUUUUAUGAGUGUUGUAAAGAACCCUACCCAGACGUAACGUUCACAGUAACUAUGAGACGCAGGACUCUCUAUUACGGCCUCAAUCUUCUUAUUCCUUGUGUACUGAUAUCGGCACUUGCUUUGUUAGUUUUUCUGCUUCCAGCAGACUCGGGAGAAAAGAUCUCACUAGGUAUAACAGUCUUAUUGUCUCUCACUGUCUUCAUGUUACUUGUGGCUGAAAUUAUGCCAGCAACAUCUGAUUCUGUGCCCUUAAUUGCUCAGUAUUUUGCCAGCACUAUGAUUAUUGUUGGCCUUUCUGUUGUUGUCACUGUUAUUGUUCUACAAUACCAUCAUCAUGAUCCAGAUGGGGGCAAAAUGCCUAAAUGGACAAGAAUCAUCCUUCUCAACUGGUGUGCUUGGUUUCUGAGGAUGAAAAGACCAGGGGAAGACAAAGUGCGUCCUGCCUGUCAACACAAACAGCGUCGGUGUAGCCUGUCAAGUGUGGAGUUGAACACUGUGAGUGGACAGCAAUCCAGUAACGGGAAUAUGCUCUACAUUGGGUUUAGGGGGCUGGAAGGGGUUCACUGCACACCUACCACUGAUUCAGGGGUGAUCUGUGGGAGGAUGACCUGCUCACCAACAGAUGAAGAAAACCUGCUGCACAGUGGCCACCCCUCUGAAGGUGACCCAGAUUUGGCUAAGAUCUUGGAAGAGGUCAGGUACAUUGCAAACCGCUUCAGAGACCAGGAUGAAGAGGAGGCCGUUUGCAAUGAAUGGAAGUUUGCAGCCUCCGUAGUGGAUCGGCUCUGCCUGAUGGCUUUUUCAGUCUUCACGAUCAUUUGUACAAUUGGUAUUCUAAUGUCGGCACCAAACUUUGUAGAGGCUGUGUCUAAAGAUUUUGCUUAAUUCCUAACUAAAAUCUGAUUCUCUGAAGUAUGAUAUGUAGCAAAUAAGAGUGUGUUUUUUUUGUCUGAUCGCUUGUUUUUAAUGAGUAUACUGCUUCUCAUUGUCCACUUUCUUUUGCCCCCCUUUCUGGUCCUGAGCUCCUUUCGAAGAGUGGCACCAUUUCAGAAGGGAAGCCAGGGAUUUCUCCCUGGGCUGCCUGUGCACAGCUCCUCUGAGCACUCUCCUGUGGUAGAUGGAAGUGACAUAUACCCUUCUGAAUGACAGGGUAUCGCACCACCCUCUCUUCACAUUUGUGAAGUGGCUGUUACAAAACAACAGGUAGGCAAUGCCAGAAAUGUCACUUCUUCAGACUUUGUUAGAAAAGAUAGAAGGUGGUCCCUUUUAACUGUCAGAAUGAGUGACUGUAAACACCUCUGUUUAGGAGAGGAUUAAACUCAAAUAGGUGGAAGCUCAAACAGUGGAGAGAAAAGGGAGAAAUCACUGUUUUUUCAGUUACUGCUUCUUACUGAGUCAUGGUAUCUAGCUCUUCAGCUCACUCAUAACCAGUCAGAUCCGUAACUCCCUGCAUCUUACAGAGAGCAUAUGUGACUUUGCAGCAUUCCGAGUUCACCUGAGACACCAAAACCCUGAAAGUUAAGAUGAUACAGAACAUAACUUGUCCUUCUAUAUCUUUCUGGAUUUGACCUAGAAGUUUGGGCUGAAUUCUUAAACAGGCAUCACAGUAAUUUUUGCACCAUUUCCUACUUCUCCCUAGAAAGACAUUCUUUCAACUGAUGACCUUUUAACUAUCAAAAAGAAAAUGAAGGAUUUAUGAUUCCUUUAUCCUCAACUUGUUUAAAAACACACACGCACACGCACAAUUGAUCUUUACUGUUAACUGGAAACUUGGAAAAAGUAACUUAGUAUCUUUUACAGGCUUAAGUGUAAAUGAAGAAUCUAAAGCAAAAAGAAGCCAUUAAAUCCUGAGAUCAAGUUUUUAAUUUAAAAAUUGUUUGUUCUGUUGCGUACUUAGCAUUUUAUAGACCUCCAUCUGUUGAGUCAUUAGAACAUGUCUUUACAAGAAAACUGCACCUUUUCUGCUCAGUUUAUCAUCUAAAGAGCACUAAUGAAAAAUAAAGCUUUCUUGGGUCUGAUAUAAACUGUGAACUGUAUAAAUAUAUAUUUAUAAACACACUGCAUAUAUGUCCAAGGAAAGGUUGAGACUUAAAUACACAUUCUCUUAAGUCUAGAUAGACAUUUGUAAAGACAAACCCAAUACUUUGUAACUUUAUGUUAUUUCUCAUUCUGAAAUUCUCCUGUCAAAAUAUGCGUAGUUUUCAUAUGACUUCGAUGUCUUAACGAGAAGGGCUGAGCUGAGAGUACCAGGACCUCAAACUCCUGGGUACAAACCAGCUGAGGAUCAGCCUCUUGCUGGCGCACCAGUACUCGUGACCAGUCAUCUAAGUGGUAACAGAUGUGCGAGAGGAUUACUUAGCACUGACUGCUUGCAUUAUCCUACAGAAUCCCCCCAACUUGUUGGCUGAGGUCUUCAGAGACACACACAUGGAGGCCUGUUGUAGCAUGUUUUUGCUGUAAAAGAAACUCAAGGCCUCCGUUUAUCUCAAACAGUUAAAAUGAAAUGAUGAAAUGCUUAUUCUCCCUAGGUAAAAAUUUCCUUCUUAAAGUCUGCUCUCCUGAGAGCAGGAGAGCCAAAUUUCAUGUAAACCAAGCUCAGAGUCACCACAGGUACAGUGCAUCACCCGAGGGAACACCUUGCUCAAGCACCUUCAUGCCAGAGAAAAGGGCAGGAGGAGUGAAAGGAAGGCAAGAUAUUUCUUACAGUUUGUGAAUUCUGUCUUCCUAAAGGUUCAUUCAGAAUCUCACACUAUGAAGUCAGGAGCAAAGCAUUCAAAUCCUUUUUGAAAUCUCAUCUUGAAACCACGCCUCAGAUUUACCUGUGAAGAAGUUGUAUUUUCAGGACCAGUUAUUAAGAAUUAGCCAUGCAGUUAUCCCUGCAAAUAGUUUCCAGUUUGUAGAUUGCAUACAAAUAGAAACUACUAGUCCAAACUCUGAAGUACGAGUUUUGUUCAUUUGUGAAUAACUACACGUAUCAUGUGGCAUGUACUGCUCUUCUGAGUAAUGUUUCUAGACUAGGCAUCCUGAUGUGAAUGCUGAUUUGCAUUAGUAAUUUUUCCUUCUGCAAGUAUCCCUAAGUAGCUGCGUAGGGUGUUCCAUUUAGUCUUUGUAAAGUUUUGGGGUCCUCUUGGAGAAGAAUUUUUUAAGAAGAAAUUAAGACUUUUGGGGACUACCUUGUACAAUAGACACAACUAUUGCAACCAUAAUACAUGACGCAUGUAAUAUAGAAGCAUGACAGUAGCCCUCUUUCCACCAGAAUCCAUUUACAGUAUCUGUAGAAAUCAUCUUGCUAAAUACAGGAGUUCUUCACAGAAGGAUGGAGAAAGCAAUUUACAAUUUGACAGCAAACCUCAUUAUCAAUGACAGAGAUGCCUACGCUUAAAAACCCGAUACUGGUAUUUAGCCUUUAGUGAAGUCCUGCCAAAGUCUGUAACGUGGAGCUUGUAAAACUGUCACAGUUUGUAAUAAUGUCAGUGAAUACCAGGUGUUACACAAAGCAGCUGUAAGACACCAGCAUCAUGCCUACACCACUGCCUUUAUCAUUGGCAGGAUUAAUGAAAAUGCACCAAGGGGACAAGUGAAUCCUAAUUUUCCUGUUAACAGAACCUGUAAACGUUUGGUAAUAAGAUUAUUAUGAAUUUUAAAUACAACAGUGACAACUCAGUUACAUUAUUUUGCAUCUAUGAGUUAAAUGUUCCUAGAGCUGAGCAAAACUGGUUUGUUUCUUGUCAAAUCGUGUGCGUCAAAUAUAUUUGUGUAUGUGCUAAACAAUAUUUUGAUCUAAAUGCUGGGAAAAAUAUUUAUUUACAAUUCUGGGCACGGAGAUGGCAAUUAAAUACUGUAUACAGUACGUCUAUGUAUUAAAACCUACAUAUUGAUGGUAAGGAUCUGCUAUAAUCUUAAAGAGUCCAGAGAGAGGAUGAGUAAGUAGUUCACCACAACUAAGCUAUGACUUGUCUGACAAAUUCAAAAGCUCACUCUAGAGCUCAGCUGUCAUGUAUGAUACUACGUGUGAACAAUGUAUAUUACUUUUUCUGGUUUUAUAUUGAAUUGUAUUGAAUAUUUAAAAGACUUUUUAAUAUUUAAAAGGAUUUAAGUGUUAAUGCCAAAAGAGUUCCAAACAAAAUUUUAAAAGGUUUUAAAUACAGAUAAAUUAAACAGUAUUUAAAAUAUUAAAUUAUUUUAUAUAUGAAUUGAUACUACUAUGUAAGACUUGUUUUUAAGGUUUCUUCAAAUUCUCUUUACAUUCUCUCUAGCUGGAGGAUGUAAUCUCAGCUCACCUGCAACAAGUCAACGUUUCACCUUCUUUAACAAGAAAAGAAGGUAAACCAAAGUCCCAGAUUUUCUUUUCUUUUCUUUUGUUAUACUGUUUUUUACAUUAAGAAACACUGCAUAAAGGGCAUUAGAAAGAGUCGUUACAUCUGCCAGGUACUGAUUGUCAUUAAGAAAUUCAAUAACUUUUCAGUCCAGUACAAAUAAAAGAUUUAGAUCAAGAGACUUUU